GUUUGCAGUCGCUGCAUUCAUCCUAAACUAAUAAAUCUCGAUCAUGUCGCGAUUUCUUCUACUCCUGUCGCAAGUUAUCCUGAUACUCUCGACGAGAGUCUCGUCGGAGAAGAAGGAACCGACCUGUCAAAACAUGGACGCUUACAACGUUUGUUAUUACAAAGGAGUGCUCGUCGAGGUUACGCAGCGUCGCUUCGAGAAUCGAUUGUACAUCAGCGACUUGGACCUCCUGGCGAUUCGCGAAGACGCCUUCAAGAACGUGACGGCGACGCAUUUGUAUCUAAAUCAGAACAAUCGAAUAUCCGUGCUAAAGAGAGGAUCCUUCCGCGGCCUGCCCAAGUUGGAGCGUCUCCACUUAGACGACAAUGUGGUGUCGUUGUCGGAACACUUGUUCGCGGAAUUGGGACACUUGCAGUCGCUGUCCAUGGUCUUCAACAGGAUCAAUUCGAUACCGAGGGACUCGUUUGCCGGUCUGUCGAGCUUAAUGUGGCUGUACCUGGGUCACAACGACAUCCCGGCGAUUGAGGCGGAGUCCUUCUCGAAUUUGAAUCCCGGAUUACUUUACCUGUGGCUCAACAACAAUAAGAUCGCCCGCGUGACCCCGGGUUCCUUCGCCGGGUUAACCGAAUUGAAUCGCCUCCAUUUGGACUAUAAUCAACUGGAGAGCUUACCGAACGCUGCUUUUCGAGGAUUGAACAAGUUGGAAGAUCUCUACCUAAAUAACAAUCAGAUAACAAGCGUCCCCGAAGCACUUCUCCGUGACCUAGUCGGUCUGAAGAGACUCUAUCUUCAACAGAACGAGAUCAGCACUCUCGAGCCGGGAGCGUUUCAGGGGCUGUCACAGCUGGAGCGGCUGCGAUUGGAUGGAAACAAACUGUCUCGCAUCGCAGCCGAUACUUUUACAGGUCUCGUCAAGCUGGAAGAUCUCAAUCUGUCCGAUAAUAACAUCCACGCGAUAGAUAAUGGCGCUUUCGCUGAUGUCGUCGAAUUGCGGAAUCUUUACUUCAACGGCAAUAACGUCACCGAAAUUGAUAAGAAGAUUAGCGGACUCCCAUCUGAGGUUACUGUCGUCUUGGCGCUUUAGGGAUUUGUUUAUAUCUCGACAAAAGAAUACCUCCGCUACGACAUGGAGAAAGAAAAAUAAAUCCUUUUGUUUUCAUUAUUCGUAAUUUCGUGUCUUAUACACAGGAUACUAAUACGUCAAUUUUAUACCUUUGUUAUAUCGAAAAAAUAAAUCAAAGUUGAUAGAAUCCA